AUGAGUGAUUUACCUACCCAACACCACAAGCAAUUAUUAAAAGAGUCCGAUCUAGAUGAUAACAGCAAUCGUCGAAUAAAACGAAGGAAGAAAGCACCGCUAGAGGAUGUCAGUAGAGUGCAUGGCGUCCAAGAGCCCCCCGGGGACUCCGAAGAUUCAAGCGACUUUGAGGAUGUCAGCUUGGACGCAGAAGGUUGGGAGUCUGACGAUUCUGAUGACUUUGAGGAAGUAUCUUUUAGCAGCCCUGGUCCUGUCAAUAACAUCGGGAGGGAAACUCCACAUAAUCCAGACCAGUUGAUGACAUUCAAACUAGACACGUCUGUAAAGGAGCCAGAGACAAAGAGAAAAGUCAAGUUCAUCAGUAACGAAGAGCGGGUACGACGCGUAUUGAUGCACAAAAUGUACAUUGUGUUGCUACUUACCCAUGUUGCUAUUCGUAAUUCAUGGUGUAACAACAAAUCCGUAUCGAAGUCACUAAAACAAGCUUGUGUAACUGGUCAAAUUUCGCAGUUGCUAAAUGAUGACAAGGGAAGUGAUAGUGUGAAGUCAAGAAGAUUUCUAGAUGGCAUCAAAAAAUUGAUGGGAAUAUAUGCUGGGAAAUUUCGUAUAACAUCUCAAGGUUUGGUGAGGAAAAACUGGGAAGAGUUGGGGGUGGUACAAGACUCCGAAAUUGUGACCAAGAAGAAAUUUGCAACGUUGGUUACAAACUUUCGAGGGAACCGAGAUAUAGCUGCACAGGGCUUUGUGUGCCUUUUGAGAGGGUUGGGGUUGAAUGCUAGAUUGGUUGUAUCCUUGCAACCACCAGAUCACACAAUAAUUACAGAAAAUUUCACUUCAAAGUCAAAGCGCAAAACGGACCAAAACACAAAAGAUCGAGCAGACCUAUUCAAAUCGAAGUCCUCAACAACAGCAAGCAAAUUUGAAGACUCAGCUUAUCCAAUUUUUUGGGUUGAAGUUUGGGAUAAAUUUGCCAAACAUUGGGUAAGUGUGGAUCCAAUUGUGAAAAAAAAGAUUGAGAUUUGUUCAAAGAGAAGGCCUAGCUCAUUUGAACCUCCUCCUGGGGAUGAAAGAAAUCAGCUAACUUAUGCAGUGGCGUUCGAUAAAUUAGGAAGAGUAAGAGAUGUUACUCGGCGUUACUCGAUCAACUAUAAUGCUCGUGUGAUUAGGAAAAGAAUAGAAUUCAAGUCGGAUAAUGAAAAAGAUUGGUAUGAUCUGGUAUUGAAAUCGUGCCAAAAAACUCAAUCAAAAAGUAUAGUAGACAUUUUUGAAGCAAAGGAGUUCCAUGAGCGUGAUUUGGCAGAAGGAAUGCCCAAUAACAUGCAAGCUUUUAAAAAUCAUCCCUUGUAUGCUUUAGAAUCUCAACUAAAACAAAAUGAGGUCAUUCACCCCAAGGACGAUUCCAGUGUUUGUGGAACUUUUAGACCAAAAAGUGCAUCAGCAAAGCUACUACCCGUUUACAGAAGAUCAUGCGUACAAAAGCUCAGGUCUGCAAGAGCAUGGUAUAUGAGAGGCAGGGUUUUGAAAAUUGGAGCAACUGCUUUGAAAUCGAAGGAAAAACCAGGACCGGAGGAUGAAGAUGUGCGAUUGUAUGCCGAGUACCAAACAAAGCUAUACAUUCCACCCAAGAUUGAAGACGGGAUAAUUCCAAAGAACCCGUACGGGAAUAUAGAUAUUUACACAGACACAAUGAUUCCAGAAAAUGCCACACUUGUUAAAACAACAGAACAGUACACCAUAAAAAGGUUACAAAAAGCUGCCACUUUACUAGGAGUAGAUUAUGCUACAGCAAUAACAUCAUUUGAUUUUACACAAAGAAGCAAAGGAACGCCAAAUGCGAAGGAGGGAGGCAUUGUCAUUCACAGGGACAAUAAAGAGGCACUUGAGCUCACGUUGCAUCAUAUGAUUCAAGAGGACGAGGAAGCAAAAAGGGUCAUGGUGGAAAUGAAUGCAUUGCUGAAUUGGAAGUAUUUCUUGUUGAAGUUGCGAUUGAAGCAGCGAUUGAAUAGGACCCAUGGAACUAUCGGAGAGGAAGGAGAUGCAGCAUUGUUGGAGAAUGAACACAUUGCAGAAGGCCCUCUUGUUCAUGAAAAUAACCACGUGGAUGAUGAUAACAACGCGUCUGAAGACGACUUUGGUGGUGGGUUUAUUGUGUCGGAUGACGAAGGAACAGAAUUGGUCCACGAGGAAGAUGAAGUUCAGCUGGGGAAUGUACUUGGAGAAUCUGAGAUUGGAAGAAGAGAGCGACGAUCCAGACGUAAGCACGGGUACAAAGAGCUUAGUGACAAAGAUAUCGAUGGUGACGCCGAGAUAGAGUCAACCAAACAGAGACAAAAACGAGUUGACUACACCGAUUCGAGCUCUGCCUCAGCUUCAGAGUUUGAAUCAGAUGACGAUGAUGAGGAAAGUUUGGAAUUUGAGUACGAAAGUGACUAA